AUGGAAAAUAAAGAAAAAAUCUUUAAUGCGCAGCAUCCACUCUCGAAUGUUAACGCAAGAUCAAUAACUUAUCGGUCCGGUGGGAAAAGCCCGAAAAGCCCGAGACGCGUGGAUGAGGAAAACAAGACUGACGAGGAGUUGGGUGAUGCUCUUGGAAUCAGCCAUCGAUGUGAUGAGUGUGAUGAGAUGAUGAAGUUUGAAACGUGGGUGGAAAGACAGGAUGCAAUAUUGGAAUGUGGUCAUGGGUACUGUAAGAAGUGCAUACCAAAUAUUAAGAAAGAUGCCCACACCUUGACAAAGUGUCCGGUAGUUGCAGUGAAAUGUCGAAUUCCAAAUUGGUAUCAGACUGGACAAGCAGCGAAACCAUCGCAUCGAAAAAGUGAAGCUGCACGGAAGGAGUACUCUACUAAAGCAAAAUUAUGGAAUUUCGAAUAUAAAGGACGUCCACUGGUGGUUUCUCUUCGUCGUGAUGCUACUUAUGGAGACCUGGAAACAAGCCUAUCCAUGUUGCUAAACAUCGAUCUGAAAACCAACAUGAUUCUAAUUCAUCUUCCACACUCAUACAAUGGAGCAGAUGUCAAUUAUUUCAUGAAAGCCGACGAUUCGCUUACAAAUGGUCCAUAUGAAAAAGAUACAAAGCUGAGUCAUCUACGUCAUCCGAAAAUUGCAGCUUUGAGUCUGGAAGUGACUGAAAAGAAGACACCGAGCUCUGAGACUCCGUCAAAAGAAAAUCCAAAAUCGCCAGGGCCUCUAGAUUCAAACAAAUAACUGAAAUUUCUAUGAAAAUGAAUUUGGUAUUUAUUA